UUUUCCAUGUCGUGUCAUCUCAGGCGCCCCGAACUAGUAUAGCACCGCCAAUGAGUACUUGUAUUCAGUCCCAACUACACCAGGUCCCGCCUUCCCCUGUGGUAGCCUCCACGUUGUCCCACUUCCCUGGCGACGCCUCCACGCUUCGCGCAUCAAUGCUUCAGGGAUCAAUCAAGCUGAUGGGGCUUGGUAAGUGUUUUGAGUUUUCUGGCAUCCGUCCUGUGGUAGUUUCUGGUAGAGCCAUACAUAUUGAAUAUGGACCCUUUCAGCCCGAAUUCCUGGGACACGUCUUUCCUACUUUUCGCAUGCUUGUUCGCAUGCUUGCAACCUUCAAAGACAGUCUCCCGAUACCUCACUCAUUCGGCAGGGGACAUCUUUUGCGAAAAUGGCAUCAUUUGUGACCGAGAUGUGGACGUGGUAUGCGGUGACACUGAUGCUUGUUGGCGCGCGAUUUCUGUCGCGACGACUUUUCUUCCAUUCUUUCAAGGCCUUCCAGUCGGAUGAUUGGCUGAUGCUCUUUGUUAUUUCUGUAUACACGUCAAUGCUUAUCGUUAUCCACAUCCAAACGUUCACGCCCACCAACCUCUUGAACCCGGCCGACAAUAUCGUUCUUACCCCCGAAGAUAUCAAACUCAGAGAGUAUGGAUCGAAAUUGGUACUUGUUACCGAACACCUUCAGAUGGUUGUGAUCUGGAGCUUGAAGGGCUGCUUGUUGAUCCUUUAUUCUCGUAUGACUAUGAGUUUGCGACAUAGCAUAAUGGUGAAAGUAGUAGCAGGCUAUACUGUGGGAAGCUUUGUCGUAAUGGAGAUCUUAUGGUUUAUCUGGUGUCGACCCUUUAGUGACUACUGGAAGGUUCCUGCACCAAGCCUUAACUGCUCCGCCGAAACGAACCACAUGAUCACAAAUGCCGUUUUCAACAUCUCGACCGACAUCAUGAUCAUCUGCUUGCCCAUGCCAAUCCUCAUCAGCUCGCAGCUCCCACUCCGCCGCAAACUCACACUAUGUAGCAUCUUUGCUUUGGGGUCCUUUACUAUUCUCGCCGCCAUCCUUUCCAAAUACUACAGUUUAGGCUCUCCCUAUGGCACGGACUGGAUUUAUUGGUAUAUCCGCGAAGUCUCAACGGCCAUCAUCACGGCAAACCUUCCAUUAACAUGGACACUACUCCAACGCAUCUUCGGCACUAGCAGCUUCUUCUCCCGCAACAAAUCCUCCGGCGCACGAACCGGCGUAACCGGCGACCCAGCCAGACAAUCCCGGUUCCGCUCUACAUAUGGUAACCUCACUAGUGCCACCGGUACUAAGGUUAGGAAGCCGAAGGAUCCGCAUCCUAUCGACAUCAGUCCGUCUGAGAGCCAGGAGCAAAUCGCUGGGGAUCAAGGGAUUCAGAUGAAGAUCUGGCAGCACUCCGAAGUGCUUGUGACUUCGGAGGAAGUGGAAUGCGUAAGAGAUGGAGCGGCGAGCGCCGCUGAUUCAGACAAAGAUAAAGAGUCACUGCACAGUCCGAGUGCAAGUCUUGAUGGCGACCGGAUCGUGCGGACUGUAGACAUGGGAGUCUCCACGGACAUUUCUCGUGCAAAGUUAAACACUUAGCUGGCCGUAGAGAUGAUUUUUCUUAUAUAAUAUCCUAUCUCAGCGAUCUCUCCCGCGCGUUUUGAUGAAACAAUCUCUGAAUUGAUGCAAUCCUACUGAUGAUUGAUCCAACAUGAAAAGCCGGUCAAUAGCCACUGUCAGGUAACAGUCCUCGGAGAAUAAUGACGCGAUCAAUCACGAAACCACUGUACUCCAGAACAGGAAGAUCGACCAGAACACACUCAAGAGGUACUUUCAAGCUGGUGACAUGCCUCAA